AUGCCCGCCUUCCAGGCCAUCAACCUUGAGCCGGAGGAAAACAACGAGGAGCAGAUCGAUACCACCAAGGAGCUUCACGUCGACGAAGCCCUCAAGCGCUUUCAGAAUGCGUUAAAGCUCCACGCGCAAGGCAUACGGUCCCGCGAGGCGGCCAGUGCAGCCUACGACGAGCUUUUUGAGUCAGAGAUAUUCAAGUAUCGAGAAGCGAGAACCGACUACGAGCGAGCGGAGCUACAGACCGAUAGCCAGGCAGCAACCUCAGCACCCGAAUCGUUUGCCGAUGGACUCGAUGUGGCCGCAGGCGGUGCCGAUGGAGUGGCUGCUAGUCUUGCACUUGCGCUUUACCUCUCAUACAAGAACUAUGGGCAAUUUUAUCUGGAUAAGCUGAAAGAUGAACGAAUUUUAAACCCUGAAUGGAGCAACAAGCUCCAGAUAUACUAUCGCAGCGACCAGGGAAAGAAUGUUCUUGACAGCUGGACUGCUGCGCUGGAUCAAGACCCCUCAGAUCCAGAGCUAUGGAGAAAAAUGGCGAGAUUUGCUGGCGCAUUGAAUAGCGGAAGAAUCAAACGAUACUGUCUGGAGGCUGCAAUAGAGCUAGAUGAUGAUCCGGCUGUAAUGGAGGUUGAACCCCCCUCUCUCGCAGAGAGCUUGGCUGGGGAGCAGCUCAAGAUGUACUUGAAUCUCCUCGGCGACGACAUGGCAUUGUCACACCCUGCCAUGGCGCCCUGGUUAAAGAAAAAUUUACCGUCAAUCUUGAAACGUCAUCUUGACCCCAUCCCGUUCUUGCCAGACCCGACUUCGACUCUCUCAGUUCCACCUGAGCUGCAGAUUAGCAAACAGCUGCUGCAAAUCGACAAUGUUGAUGAAACUAUAUCCGUGUUGAGCGAUGCGGAAUCGUCGAGCAAGAAUGUUGGGUCGUGGUCCGAUCUUGGGUUUGAGCUCAUGAAAUGUGUUGAGAGCACAAAGGAUGCUUUGGAAGUUUGCAGACUAAUCUUGCAAACAGCCAAGCAGGAUACGGAAAUGGAUGAAUUGCGAGAUGAGGCUGCCAAUGAGGGCGAGAAUGGUAUUCUUUCCGAGGGCAAAAACACUGCAGAUACAAAUGGCCACGACGAGAAAGCAUCUGCAUCGCCGCCACUCGAGUCGAAAGGGAGCCGGGCAUCCGAGACUGCGGAUGACGCUGCCAAAGGCUCUGACGGGACACAAAAGGAGUCCAACGUGCCGCAAUCAGCUAGAAAGCGAUCACAAUCUACCGCGGGACUACCAGACGGCGCCGACGAAGAGAAUGUGACUGAAAAGAGAAGCAAAAGAGUCCGCAGGAGAGCAGAAACCUCUCAGGUCGAAGAAGCCCCUGAUCCGAAUACUCUUAUAGCUAAUCAACUUCGCCCGUUUCAAGAAGCUGAUCAGCACCUCUUUACCAUGACAAAGAACUUACUCGAGACCAUUGGAGUUGAGGAUAAAGCAACGUUUGAGUACCUCGACGAGGUUCUAAACCUGUGCGUCGCAGAAGAUCGGUCGUCCAAAUUUACUCGUGUUGGGGCCAAAGACUUGCGCACGCUGAUAGCCGACUUCAAAGAGGACGUUGCCAUGGUUUUUCUUAACAAGAAAGAGCAAGCAACUUUGGGGCUCUCUUCUUUCUUGGAGCAUGCCAAGACAGGGUCUGAGGAUCAAGCCGUGAAUAUUCCUUUCAACGAAGCCAAAGGUUUGAGAGAUUUCGCAGAGAGAGUGGAGAAGAGGCAUGAGCAUAUGACAAGUGAUGAUAUUGUUUUUGAGUGGAUGAAAACGAUAAGCUCCAGCUAUACUUCCUUUAAGUGGUCAGAUAUUAUGAAGACUGCGGUGGUCCAGAUGCUGAACACGACCGACUCAUCGUUAUACAAACUGGUCUCGGAGGAGCUGCAGAAGUAUUCUUCUCCCGAAGAACUCGCUCAUCUGGAAGCCCUAAUCCCUAUGAUAUUUGAACUCUACAUUGACAUUUACGAGCGGAUCACAAACCCUAGCAGCGCCGUUGAUUAUGCAACCCGCAUGGAGACCAAAUAUCGACUUCAGCGAUGGCUGGAUUUAGCAUCAGCCUAUGUGCGCCUGAUGGACCGGCCACCAACCGACCCCCUAUGUGUCAGGUUCUUGUGGGCGUCUGUCUUGGUGUCAUCGCUCUCGGACAAUCCAGUUAGAGAGCAUAUUCUCUUGUUGUGGACAUCACUUCGUGAUUUUCUGUCGGAGUCGGAAGUAGACACAUUGGCUCUACCAAACAAUGUGGUCAUGCCAACCAUCUCUCCGGCGGCCGCAGAUCGAGAGAUAUCUAAACUUACAACCAUGGACUUUUUCCUCAGCCUUUUCCAAGAAGGGAUGGAGAGUCCGGUUCACGUUAUUGAAACCUUGGAGCCUGUUCUUAACCCUUCAUCCGUUUGUAUAUCCGUGGAGAAGCCGGACGAUUCGGCGGACUCGGAUGCAUCUUCCUCGGCCGAUCUGGACCAGCAGAAAAACAAGCAGAGUAUCUCGGAUUGUGCAACCCAAGGCAUGCGCGACCUGUGGAAAUUUCUGCGUAGCAGCAGCACUGAGCUGAGGCUGUUUCUGUGGUCACGACUUGGAGAUGCAUAUGAAGCGAUAAAGUACACAACCAAGAAGUUCUCAUGUCACCUCAGAAGCAUUGAACUUAUUGUUGCGGAUCUGGAGAGCGAAAAGUACGCCAAGCUGCCUGACGAGUCUCGCCUGCUCCUUUAUAUGAGGACUUUGAAGUCACUCGACGAAUUACUGAUCCAGGCGCUAACAUUGGCCUUGAAUGACCCCUCUGCAUUUGACAUUAUCGACGAUGAUCACCUCAAGUCAAGCUGCAGUGCUCUUGCCAAGGUGAAUUCUAUUCUUCACGUUGCAUUCUUGUGCGAAGACGAGGUCAAGAUAGGAGCCAAGACGGCACCGUCUUCAAAUUCCACUUUCCAGUCUCUCAUCACCAAAUUGCGGGAAAUGCAAGUACGCACUUGGUGUCUUCAGUUCACCAUGUUUAGAGCAGGGCUGCCUCUCCAAGAGUCCAUUGCUCCGGAAAAGGAUCUGGCCGACUUCCUCGCCGCCAUCCACCAGGUUAUUGGUCUUCGAAAAUGCUGUAAGGCGUCCAACAAGAUCUUUCUUAAAGUCAUGCGCAUGGAGCUGCUCAAGAAUAAAAAUAUUGAAAAUUGGGAAGACUAUCUGGGGCAGGUGGUCUAUGAUUUGUAUGGACUUAAACUGGGGGUUGGAGUGUGGGAAGUCCAAGAUCAUGGCUGUCCGCAUGAGAAGCUCGAGAAGCGCCAGACGAUGCAACUGGUUGAAAAGGUUAUGAUUCUAGCAAACCGCAUGCCGAUGAAGGAUCUUUUGAAGUCGGAUCUCAAGACAGCCAUUGACCAUAUGCAACAAACUAUUGGACAGCCAAAGUCUACACCACAAAUGAUUCACAACCUGCGCAACUUCACAGAACUCGUCAAAAAGCCCAUUCAUCCCCUUCGACUCUAUCAAGCGUUGGUUGGAGAAGUGUCAGUUGAUGCAGUAUCGACAAACACGCCGGAAGCUGCACUAGCAAAACACGGCUGGUUUUUCUUGCUUGGAAUGAUAGCACUGACCAAGUUUAAGGCCGUUGAUUUGAACCGACGUCAGACGCCGGGUGCAACAGAUGACCUUCGCAUUGGAGCAACCUUCCUGAGGCUACAAUUACAAUUCAGUUCAGAUAGCUGGGAGUCGUGGUUCCGGCUGGCCGAAUGCUUUGAUUACGAUCUAGACGAAGCAGUGCUAUGGACUGCCGACAAAAUGAACAAGGAUCGAGCAGAACUGGUCAAGUUUCAGAGAAAUGCAAUCCACUGUUACACGUUGGCCUUGUCGCAUUCAAGGUAUCAAGAGAUAGAAGCCACCGACGAAGAUCCGCUACAUGACUUGUACCAUAAGUUUGGAAUGCGUCUGUACGCUUCGAGUCGAGAGCCAUUUGCCAUGGAGCCAUUUCAACAUUCCGACCAGGAACGGUUCUUUAUCCAGAACAUGGGCGCUGGAACGUUCAAAAGGAUUCUACAUGAGCAGAUGACGGAGUACAAAGUAUGGAAGUUUGCUGCCAAGCUGUUCAGAAUGGCCAUAGAGCGCAAGCCUGGGAACUGGAAGAACCCAUACAUGCUGGCCAAGUGUUAUUGGAAGAUGUACCAGACGCCAGAUGAAGAUCUCGACAGCUCAGAUAGGGACACCAAGAUCGGGGUCCAAACGGUGCUCAAGGCGCUGAAAGACGCCGUCAAUGUGGCCCAUAAAGCGAGAAAAUCUCGCAACAGUGACCCUAUUCUCGAGCCGCAUUACAAGAUUGUGUCUAUAGUGCACAAACUUGUGAUGCGAGGGGAUCUACCUGCCAAAGAAGCAGCCGAACUUUUGUCGGAGCAACCCUUUGGCGUGCAAGUUAAACCGGAUGAUCACUUUGCCGCGUUCACCGAACCUGAAGACUGGGAGGAGUACAUUAUUCCGACGUUGGUGAAGCUCAAGGAGAAAGAUAAGUCUAACUGGCAGCACCGGAUUGUGGCACGCCAUGCCAAGAUUCUGUUUGAUGAGAGCAGCUUGGAACAAGCUACUGACCUCAAGGUGGCGGCACAGGCUGCUUUUGCGAUCUUGAGAGAAAAUAUGUUUACCAAGACAAUGGUUAUGAAUGUGUGGAAAUGUGACGCUGAGCGCCCGGGUCGUCACCAUGUCUUCACCGAACAAUAUGUGCGGUUUAUGACCAAUCUUCUUGUGAUAAUGUCCGACAAGACCAAUUUGGAGCAGCUGCUUCGCCGUCUCCGGAAGAAAGGCGCAGAUUUCUAUCACUUUGUCGACUUGUGGCAGUCUUGUUGCAUGGCUUAUCUGAAGCUGUUGAGAGACGCACACAAUAUCCCGCAUCCUACCGAUGAUGCAUUCAAGGCGCUGUCUACCGAGGAGUUUGAAAUCAUCAGCGAAAGGAUCACUGAGUGGGCUGCUCGCGACGAGGCAAACAUUCCAGCUUUCAUCUGCAUGAAGGAGGCUAUCGAAUUGAAGAAGCUUAAUGCCAAUCUGAUGAAGGCUGCCGGAAUUGAUGACUUGAUCAAUGAUUGCUACUCGAAGAUUUAUGUCGAUGUGGCUGGAACGUUACCAGGACAGGAACCAAGCAAGAUUAUCGAAGAGCGCAACCAAGCCAAAGAGAUUGCAGCCAAGCUUGAGGCUGCGGCUGCGGCUGCGGCUCAAGCUGAUGCCAAACCAACCAAUUCCCUCAGCAAUAUACUCAACCCCCCAAGCACUCAUGAGAGCCUCCCCGGCACUGCGACGCCGCUAGAGGGAGAGAAGUCUGAGGCAGCACCGCGGACUCGAAAGACUGGAGUCCGUAGGCCGGACGUCCUUCGUAAGGCGGAACAGGCUGUCACUCGCUCUCUGGAAAUUCCCAAGUUGGCUCUCCCAAGAAGCCGGGUUGGAAGUAUGUCAAGUGCAAAACGCGAAAGCCAAACGCCUAAUGCGGGUGCCAGUGACGCCGACAGCGACGACGAAGGGCCUGAUGCACAAGUUAGAAGAGAAGCUGGGGAAGAUACUGAUAUGCCAGACACGCAUGCAUACGAGGAAGAUGGCCAUGAUGGCCACGACGACUCCAAACUGGAGGACAAGGAAGAGCUUGAGAGCGAUGACGCGCAUAGUCUUGACGAUUCCGCUGAGGAGAGCGACCUAAGCGAUGUUCCGGAUGACUAUGAAGAGGACGUCCCACCGAGCCUGAUGUUCCCACACCUGGGACGCACUAUUCAGAGCGGCGAAACUAGUGGUGAAGACGCUGAUAGUGAAAGCGAAGGUGAUGAAGAUGAGGACGAGGACGAGGAAGAAGAAGAUGAUGAGGAGCACGGAGACGAUGAGGCUGAAGAAGCUGAAGAGGGCGAGGAGGAGCAUGAUGAAGGUGAUCACAGCAAAGAGAUGCACGAAGAUGGUGAAGAGGAAGAAGAGGAAGAUGAAGAAGAAGGCCAUGGAAAUGAACACGACGAGGACGCUGAGAUGGCAGAUCCACAUACGCCGGCUCGAGCAGAUGGGGAUGAAUCGGUAGAUAUGGGAACGUAA